AUGAUGAGCCUUGGGUUACCUCUGCUCACGCCUCGUGAUACUCAAUCGCUAUGGUAUACUCCAUCCCAUACCUUCGGCUACACCGUCCCUCCGAAACCUACCUCUACGCCCCUCCUCCAAUCCACACAGGCGACGCCAGCCGCUGCGAACCAACACAGUCAUCACCAACAAUACCGUGCCCAACGCGAUGCUACGCGCUCUGCACUCGCAGCCUAUGGGCCUUCAGCUCUUCAGCAGCUAGCAAUCGAUGAAGAUGCGGUUGAGAAAAGAAAGCUCCAUAUUGCACGGUUCGGAGCGACGUGGAUUAAACCACCUGGAAUGAUGAAGACUUUGCAAGGUGUUAUUGAUGAGGAACUUGAGAGGGCCGAACAGAUGGCCAUGGAAGGGGAGACUACAGUUGAUGAGGGAGCUUUCGGGCAGGAUAUUAAUAUGAUCGGUGGAGAGCCUGUGGAGAUUGUUGGGGAGGGAGAUGGGGAGGAGGAUGAUGGGGAGGAUGGGGAGGAUGAAGACGUCGAGGAAUUGGAGGUUGGGGAAGAAGGACUGAUGGAGGAAGGAGAGGUGGAUUUGGACGCCGAUAUCCCCGAGGCCGAUAGCACUGGUUGGAGUGAGGACGAAGAAGAGGAAGAGGAAGAGGACGAAGAGGAAGAGGAAGAGGACGAAGAGGAAGAGGAAGAGGAUGAAGAAGUUGUGGAGAUGGAUGGUGAAGAGGAGGGCGAGGAAGAGGAAGAGGAAGAAGAGGAGGAGGAGGGGUUUGAAGAACACGAAGGCGAGGGAGUUUCAAUCUACGAAGAGGGUGAAUCUGGACUUGACGAGCUUUCUGCUAUCGCCGAUACGACACAGGGUAGCAUUGACGAAUUCUCAGAGAUUGGAGAUGGCUCCCCGCGUCCUAUUGUCGCUGGGCAUGUUCAACGUCGAGUCGACACUCCAACUUCAGCAGCUCGACACGUUGGGCCCCCCGGACAUUAUCAAAACAUCCGAAGGCUACCUGCAAGAAUGCAAGCAUCCGGAAGCUCACCCUUGGGAAGGCAAAUUACUACGCCUACUAGUAGGACUACGCGACGGGGAAGAGCUGCGCCAAUUGCUGACAGUUCUGUGAUGUACAUGUCUGGCGAUGAGAUGGAGGUUGACGAUUAA